GUCAUGGUGACAGGGCGCACUGAUUGGAUCGUGUCGAAUAUUAGCUCAUGCUCGGUGUAUGAGGGGUUUUUUUUGUGUGUGUGGGGGAGGCGGAUGAGUUCUAGGCUUGGGGGCAUUCCUGUCGAGAAAUAAAUGAAAAUCGGUUGAGAUUUCGUUUGAUUUUGUAACUCGACGGGCCAUGUUCACCGACGAGGCGCAAGAGGCCGUGACGGUGGAGUCGCGCUGGAGAAAAACUCCCGAGUUCUGUGACGCAGUUUGUCAAACAGUGGAGGUUCGGCGCGCCGAAGCCUCAGUGCAGAUACGACGCAGCGCGGAGAUCAGUACGCAGACAGAGCUUUCCGACCGCCGAGACCUCUCUGUCGCGGAUCGCAGCAUCGAACCAUCGGUUGAUUUCCCACGCCUAGCCCGCUUCCUGCGGCAAGUGGAGCCGAUGGUGAUCAAGGAGUUAAGGAAGAAUAUCCAGAGCCACGCGUUUGAUGGAUUUGAAGUUAACUGGGUAGACCAGCCACAGACAGUUUCUUGUUUAUAUACCCUGCAUUAUCCAGAAGCCUGCGAGCGACUGCUGCAUGUCACUGGCGUGUCGUGGAAUGCAACCGGCUCUGUUAUUGCUUGUUCAUAUGGCAGGUUACAAGAUGGUGACUGGAGCACAGAGAAAUCGUACGUGUGUACUUGGAAUCUGGAUCGCAGAGGAUUGAACCCAAACCGACCAAAUGUUGUGAUUUAUGUUUCCAGUGCUGUCAUGAGCCUGGCAUUUCACCCAACAGAACCUUCUUUGAUUGCUGGUGGGCUUUACAAUGGAGAGGUGUUAGUGUGGAACUGCAGUAAAACUGAUGAUCCAUUAAUUGCUAGAUCAGGAAUAUCUGAAGAUACUCACCGUGAGCCUGUUUAUCAGGUGCAGUGGAACCAGAGUUUGAGUCGCAGCAACAGAAUUAAUCUUCUGAGUGCGAGUACGGAUGGAAAGAUUCUCAACUGGGCGAUGGAUGGCAAAGGUCAAUUAGUACUGCAGGAUGGAUUUGCUCUUGUCGUUCAGCAGAUGCCACGCAAUGUCAAACUUAAGGUACGUGGGAGCACUUCUUUUGGUGUGACUGCUCUCUCUUUCUCUCAUCUGGACAAGACUGUGUUCAUUGCUGGUGUGGAGGGCGGCUAUGUGCUGAAGUGUUCAACAGAGGUUCUGACUCUUGCAUCGCUGAGCUCUGGUUCCAUUCCAUUGAAGGCGCCAGCCCUGUUCACCUUCUCCCCGCACUGUGGUCCUGUACAUGCUGUUGCUUGCUCACCAUUUCACAGAAACCUCUUUCUCACUGCUGGCACUGAUGGGCACGUUCAUCUGUACUCCAUGUUGCAAGCCAAGCCCGUUCUUUCUCUUCAGCUAUCUCAAACUUAUCUCUUCAGUGUUUGCUGGUCUUCAGUCCGGCCUCUUGUAUUUGCUGCAGCCACAGGAGAGGGAACGGUGUUGAUUUUUGACCUGGGGCAGAGCUCUCUAUGUCCCUCGGUUUCUAUUGAGCAGUGUGCAGAGAACCAACCAGUUUACUGCCUGGCUUUUAAUCCAAAACAACCACAGCUUCUUGCAGCUGGUAAUGCGGAAGGAAGUGUCAAAAUCUGGCAGCUGAGUGCUGAACUGAUGAAGCAAGGACCAAGAGAGAUGAAUCUACUCGAGCAGCUUGCUAAUGAAGUAGCAGAUUGAUUGACUAAAGACCGAGUGAGAUGCUUUGGGGAAAUUUACCCCAUCUCUUUAGGAUUGUGAGAUUAUACAUCAUCAACUGAUUUAGCAUAUUUUCUUAAGAUUAUUUAAAAUGUUAAUAUUGAUUUAUUUACAGCUUAACACUUAUUCGUAAUAUUUUUUUUACGGCAGAUACAAAGUAUUUAUGAACAAGAAUUGUAAUUCCUUGGGUCAAGCAUACAUGAGCGGCAACUCAUCCAGCCUUUUUAAAUUGGAUGUUCCCAUCCAGCAUUAUGGAGAAUCCUCUUAUUACCAUUUGAUUGAUUUUUACUUUUGCUCGCAUGUCUGGUAAGAAAAGGAGAUUUGCAGGGCCUUGCAGAGCUGGAUCAGGACGGUCAAGAUCCCUAAAUAUCUACAUGUAUUUCAUGAGAGAAGUGGAAUUCAGUUCAAAAUUACAACGUCCUCUCAUUGAAAACCACUCAAUCACUGGGUGAGAAAAAUACUUGCUGGCAUAAUGACAAUGCUGUUUAGCAUUUCCUGUCAAUUCAUUACAAAACUGAAAGCAGUUUGGAAUUUCCACCCUAACAUUGUAGCAUGUUUAUUCUAAUUUUCAAGGCUUUGUGCUGUGCUGCUUUUCAGAGUUGACCCAAUCAAGAGAAAUUGGUGGAAUGGGUAAAAAUCUAAUGGAUUUAUAAACUGACCUUGCACUAAAUACACUUCAAGAUUUCUCUUUGGAUGAGGUCUAAAUAAUUUCAGUGUUGUAAUAAGUGAAGAACAAAAUGAUCUGAACUGUAACAUCCUUGCAUUUCAAGAUGUAAUAAUUUUUAUUAAAAAUAUCAAAUGUUC